ACACAACUUUAGACCAUUUUCAUAAGAUAAAAAGAGAGGUGUCUUCCAUUGCCAAAACGAGUUUGCAAAUCUAAAGCUUCACAAUGACAUCUUACCAUGUUUCUCAUGAGUCAAAUCGACCACCAGGUCCUUCACCACUAUACCAACCGAUGAUAGAGGCUCCGCCGCCACCGUAUCCACCAACCAGAACGAGGUAUCAAGACUACUAUGGCGGCUACGGUCAGCCGCAUCCACCACCACUGCGUCCAUAUAGAUCAGAUGAAUACUACGGAGAAGGAGAAUAUGAUGGUUGCUUCCCUUUUCUAAGAAGAUGUUUGACGGCGCUAUGUUGUUGCUGGUUCUUGGAACAAUGCUGCCUUAGAAGUCGUUAUUAAUUCUUAUAUGAGAAUGUUACUCUCUAUAAUCUACUUUUGAUCCGUUUUACGUACCUGUUGUAUCGAGUAAAUUAGAAUUCUUGUUUUGUUUAUGAAACUUGGAGUUCUAAUAAUAAAAGAAACAGCAUUGGGUUUCCAAAAGUAGCAGGAGAUGAGUGUACUAAA